AUGAAUCUCGCCUUGAUCGAUCCGUUUGUCCUUGCUCAAGAUUACCCAGAUGCCCUUACCGGCAAGCUUCGCUGCGGACAUGCUACUUGCUUAAGGUUCAACCGUAAGGGUGACUACUUGGCUUCUGGACGAGUCGAUGGCACGAUCGUGAUAUUUGACGUGGAAACCAAUGGCGUAGCUCGAAAGCUACGAGGACACAGCAAACAGAUUCAGAGUCUGAGAUAUCUACUCAGCUCCUCACAGGAUUGGAAGUGUGUAUUAUGGGAUAUGAAAGAUGGCUCCCGGGUGCGGACCGUGAGAUUCGAAGCCCCUGUAUACAUUGCGGAAUUGCACCCAUUUAACCAGUAA